AUGGGCACCCCUAUUAUUAACUCAGACUCGGUCCCCAGCGAACUUUAUCAGACCAGUGCGUGGAAAUAUAAAGGUGAAGGAAAUGCGAAUAUUAUUUUGACGUAUAUCGGGGAACUUGAUGAUUUCAAAUCGACUGUUAUUCGCUUACGAAAAUCCGAGGAAAAGGAGAAAGAAGAUUCCUUGAAAAUCAAUAAUCAAACUGAUAGUGGCGUUUCUAGCAAUAAAGAAGAUGAACAUCAGGAUGAUUCGAUGCAAACAUCGUCUGUCAACCCACAAGCAUUUACUGUUUCUUAUAUUCAGGGCGUGAUCGCUCCUUUGAUUGGGGCAGAAUAUACAAGUGAAUCGAAAUUAUUACAAAUAACACCCGCUUUUCUACAAGCACUCUCAAGAUCGAUAUUUUCGCAUCGUACUCCAGAUAGGGUACAUAAAAACAUUGACUUCACGCAACGAUACGCGAUCCUUUCUCCGGAUUACACGAAAUUUCGAUCUAAUAAUAAGCAGCAAGAAUCACCGAUUAAUGCGAUAUCUAUUGAGAUCAAGCCAAAAUGGGCGUUCAUCCCCACAUCGACCAACAUUGCUGCGUCAAAUUUAGUAAAACGCGAAACCUGUCGUUAUUGCAUGCACCAAUAUUACAAACACAAAAAAACCCAAAAACACAUAAUUAUUGAUAAACAACGGACAACAAUAGUGACAGAUUAUUGUCCAUUGGAUUUAUUUUCGUUAAAAAAAGAUCGAUUGAGACGUGCAAUUGGUGCGUUGAUUUCCACGCCUAUGAAUAAUUUUAAACUUUUUGUGGAUGGAUCAUCGGUGGAUCUUGCAAAGAUAACCGAAAAUCUGAUAACAUUGUUAACCGCUACAAUCCUAAAAGAACACAACCUAUUUUCACGACUCAAACACCUUCAAAAGACACUUGACGAAUUAGAUAUCGAAGGGAUAAUGAAAUUAUUGUCGUCGCAAACAUCAUCCUCAUCCUCGUAUACUCGGUUAUUUGUUGCUGAGCCAUCGUUAGAAGAGUGGCGCACAGCUGCUUUACGAUACCUCGAGCGGACUGAAAGGCGUACGGACGGCGGUACACUACAAUCAUCAAAUUCUUACGAUAAUAGUGGUAGUAGUAUUGAGAAACAGCCAAUAGACGAAGCAGAGAUCAAGCAACGAAUUCUAGAGUUCCUUCUAUCGACCACUUUUAAGGAUUGUUCAAUUAUUUUCACUUUCCAGAAAACAUCUUUAGCAGAACUUUCAACAAAUAAUGACAAUGAUAUCACCUUUUUUCCAGAACAAGUCAAAUAUAUUUCAAUUCCAUUCUCACCAAACAUCAAGAAGCAUAAUAGUGGUAAUAACAGUAAUCAGGAACAUCACCAGUAUUACAAAUAUAAAACUGUAAUACUGGAUCUUGACCCGAAAUCGAUCUUGAAACUCGACUAUUAUUAUGAUCUUGAUGUGAAGAUUGUGAGAAACUUUUUAGAGUAUGCUGAGAAAGAACUUGGCGUUGAAGAUGACGAUAAUGGAGAACCAAAUAAUAAUAGUCAUGUAUUUUUGGGUGCAAAUAAAAGGAAAUGCUUUGAAUAG